AUGGUGGUUAAAGUUGCUUUGAAGAAGUGGAAUGCCCAUAUUAUUUGUUUGCAAGAAACUAAGUUGGCUUCUAUUUCUGUUGAUAUGGUUAGAAGCCUUUGGGGAAGUAAGUGUGUGGAUUGGGAAGCCUUGAACGCCUAUGGUACAUCAGGCAUUAUUCUUAUUAUGUGGGACCGUAGAUGGACGUCCAGAACGAAUAUGGAAAGGGCUAUUCUCAUUGAGCUCAGUUACAUUAAGGAAUUGUGGUCGUUGCCUUGGUGCUUAGGCGGGGAUUUCAAUUCUGUUCGGUCUCCAUUUGAAAGAUCCACGGGGGGGAGGUGGUCUUCAGAGAUAACCCAGUUCUCUAACUUUAUUGAUGGUAACCUUCUUAUUGAUUUGCCUUUGGAAGGUGCAACUUUCACUUGGUCUAGCGGCAAAGACCCAGAGGAGAAGUUCCCGGACGUCACGCAGUCAGCUUUGGUUAGAGUCAUGUCUGAUCAUGUACCCUUAGUUCUUGAUUGUGGAGGUAUGAGAUCUAGACGGACUCCAUUUCGUUUCGAAAAUAUGUGGUUAAGAGUUGAGGACUUCCAGGGGAAGGUCCAGUCCUGGUGGGAGGCAACAACUUUUACUGGCUCUACUAGCUAUGUGCUUGCUAAGAAGUUUCAAAUUCUCAAAUCUGAGCUUAAGAAGUGA